AUGGGAAGAAAAGCUACAAAAGAGGCUCUAGAGCAUGUGGACCUAGUUAAUGGUACACUCUACAACUCCUUGAAGCAAAUACGUGUUGAUUGCAAAGGUGACAAUGGUGAUUUGCCAAUCUUAGUCAGUGUAUGGUGCUGUCAGAUUGAUACAAAACAAACGCAGAAACUAGCUUCAUUGAUCCGUGACUACAUCAAUCCAUAUGACGAUGUAUCAUUAACACAUUUGAAAAGAUUUUCAAGAGAGGAGGGAAAAGCAAUGAAAUUGAAAUCCAUUAUUUGUUCUACUGAAUUUUUGGAAACAAAGGAAGAUGUUUGUGAGUUUAUUAAAGAAUAUUCUGAUAUACAGAUAGAGACAAUGCAUGAGUUAAAUGUUCCACGUUUUCCACCACCAACUAGGGAGAUUUCUCAAAAGUGGUCUUCAGCUUAUUGGCCCGUUUCAUGGAAGGGGAACCCUAAUCAUCAAUUUUUAAACAGCGUUGAAAUUGACAUCGAAUAUGUCAGGAAUUUGAUACACUCAUUAAAAGAAAUAGAAAAAGAAUCGAAUUCUAUUCUGGCGUCAAUUUUCGUCAAUCAGGAGAAUAAAAUACAAUGUACUACAAAAUGCUAUAGUCACAAUGACCCAUUUCAGCAUAGUAUAAUGCAGGGCAUUGAACAAGUUUCAUUAGAAGAACAAAAGAAACGGAAAGAUCUAUCAACAUCAAAGCAAGACCGUUCCAACUAUUUGUGUCAGAAUAUGACCGUAUUUUCAUCCCACGAACCUUGUGUAAUGUGCUGUAUGGCGUUGGUACAUUCUCGAAUCAGUCGGUUAAUAUAUUUGAGAUCCUCUCCAAGUAGUGGUGGAUUAGAAACAAACUACCAACUAGGUGAUCGUGAAGGACUCAACUGGAAGUUCGAGAUAUGGAAAUGGAUCGAUCGAAAGAGUGAGUCAAAUGUAGCUUCGUCGGACGAAUUACUAUCAAAUCCGAUCAAUUAUUAG